AUGACCCACGGCCGUGAGCCUGUUAGCCACCUAUGGCCCAUGAACCAUGUCCUUCCUCGCGUCGAUAUCUCGGACCCUCACACCUUCCUGGCUAUCAAACGCGGAAUCUUGCAAUACGCCUGGCUGAAGCCUGUCCUCAGCGUCGCUUCGAUCAUCAUGAAAGCCACCGGCACAUACCAAGAGGGCUAUAUUGGUCUUUCCUCCGGCUAUCUCUGGGAGUGGCAUCGUCUACAACGUCAGCGUGACUCUGAGUCUAUACUCACUGGCGUUGAGGGCUACACCCCCGACAACCUUGCGGCCGCCAUACAGGACGCUCUGAUCUGCAUCGAAAUGCCCGUAUUCGCUGUCGCGCAUUGGUAUGCAUUUUCGUGGCAUGACUUUGCUGACCAAAACGUUCUCGCCGCACGCAUGCCCGUCAAAUUUGCCUUUCGCGACGCCUUCGGCAUCAGGGAUCUCAUCGAGGAUACGAAGCAGACCUUCUCGGGUGACCAGUACAACUACCGCAUAUACGAUUCAGGUGACAAGAUCAUGCCGCACGAGGAGUCGCGUGCCAGGCUUGGGAGGCUGAAAGAAGGUAUGCGGUACCAGCGCGGUGGCAAGGGCAAGUACUGGAUUCCGACGCCCGGUCAGGUCGACCGACAGGUCAACCAUGACCUCAAUGAACGCGAUCCCCUACUAUCUGGCACUGCUGGAGGGCCAAGCGAGGAGUACAAUUUCGAAAAUGGCACAUUCCACGACAUUGAUGAGGAGAACAAAGACCCCGAAGAAGAGGAGCUCUACGCCAAAGCAAGAGAGCUCGAAUAUGGGGAUUGGAAUGUAGACGGCAACUACCGCUACCAGCCCUCCAGGCCCCAGGGCCCGCGCACAUACUCACAGAACAGCCAUCAGUCUAGCGAGCCAGCCGUCGUCAGCAGCAGGCCGAAGAAGCAGAAACAGAAGCAGAAGCAGAAACGCAUUCCCGCUCCGAAGCUCUCUGGACAAGGUCUUAUCCCCGAUCACUCCUCUCCAACCGCUGGCCCAGCAGCGACCUCCUCAAAUGUUUCAACGCCCAGGGUUCAGUCGCCCAAGACAGUUCAUGCGACAGCCGCCGAGAGCGAAAGCGUUGAGACAGUUGCUUCUUCCAAGACCAAAGACGACAAGAAGAAGCCGGCAGCUGCACCCCAGAAGCAGGCCGCGUCCCACGAGUCCUCGCCGUGGGCGAAUAAGGACGAAUCGGAAGACGAACCAGAUCUACGAUUCCGCGUCGGCGAUGAGGAGGAGUUCCGUAACGUGUGGGAUGGAGGCGACCAGCGCGAUCGUUAG